AUGAAUGUAAGAAUUGCAAGGGACGGUGGCGGUGCGGACAACAGCGCAGGCGUCGGCGUCGUCGGGGCCGUCGAAAGACGUGGAGGUGGUGGUGGAGGCGGGGGUGGUGGCGGCGGCGGUGUUGGCGGGGAGAGGGGGAGACGCGCACCUAGUCUGCGCCUAGCCAACGGACGUGUAGCAGCCGCUUCGCAGUCCGAAGAAGAGAUUCGAACACCGCCGCCGCAUUGCCGCCUCGCCAAGGAUGACUCGAUUAAGAUCAGCAUCGAGAAUACGAACACGUGCACCGAUUCGCUGGUGACGGCCAUCGACGACGAAACGUUGUUAAUUACGGAUUACCUUUCCAACGACAUGAAUUACAAAGGCAGCGGGAAGGUGCACUUCGACGAUGUGUCCCUUUACGGCACUCCGAAAGAGGAGCCCGGACCCACACCACUGGGCUCCGCAGAAGCGGGCAAACAAAGUUUUAUCAAGAACCAACUGCAGGCCCUCUUUCAACCCACCGACAACAAGUUAGCUAUGAAAUUGUUCGGCUCAAAAAAGGCUUUAAUGAAGGAACGGAUCAGGCAAAAGGCUGCAGGUCAUUGGGUCAUACAUCCUUGUUCCAGUUUUCGGUAA